CGCCGCCGCUACGGGCGCAGGAGCGCGCGCAGCCGGGGUCGCGCCCCCGUGGCCGCCGCGAGCUGUGCGCGGGGCCGCCGGUGCCUACCCCUCCCCCCCCGCCCCCCCCGGUUGCGGACGCGGCGGUGCCAUGGCGCUGGGCACGGUGCUGCUGGCGGCGCUGCUGGCGCGGCUGGGCCUGCUGCUGUACGGCCUGCACCAGGACGGGGCCAUGCGGGUGCGUUACACCGACGUUGACUACCGGGUGUUCACCGACGCGGCGCGGCUGGUGACCGAGGGGCGGUCGCCCUACCGCCGGGCCACCUACCGCUACACCCCGCUGCUGGCCUGGCUCCUGACGCCCAACGUCUACCUGGCUGAGGCCUGCGGGAAGCUGCUCUUCGUGGCGGGGGACUUGGCGGCUGCUGUUGUCGCCUACCGGGCCCUGCGGCGCCGAGGGGUCACCGGCGGCCGGGCCUGCGGGUGCUGUGCCGCCGCCUGGCUCCUCAACCCGCUGCCCAUGGCCGUGUCCAGCCGGGGCAACGCAGAGGCCCUGGUGGCCCUGAUGGUGCUGGCCACCCUCGACUUCUUGGCGGUGGGGAGCAUCGGGAAGGCCGCGGCCUGCUACGGGCUGGCUGUGCACCUGAAAAUAUACCCGCUGACCUACGCGCUGCCCAUAGCGCUCCACCUGCGGGGCAAAGGGCGGGGCGGGGAGGGGGCGGGGGGGACCAGGAGUUGCGAAAAAGCAAAGUUUACCUCCAUAGGUGACCUCUGGCAGCUUUUUCUAAAGGUGCUGAACCGCGAUGUGUUGCUUUUUGGAACGGUUGCGGGCUCCAUGCUGGCUGCCUUGACUUUUGCUUUUUAUUACCUCUAUGGCUGGGAGUUUUUGGAGCAUGCCUACCUCUACCACCUGACCAGGAGGGAUAUCCGUCAUAACUUCUCUCCCUAUUUCUACAUGUUGUACUUAACUGCGGAGAGCAAAUGGAGUUUUGCCCUGGGGCUCGCAGCUUUCCUGCCCCAGCUGCUUUUACUCCUGGUUGUGUCCGUAGCCUUUUACAGAGACCUUGCCUUCUGUUGUUUCCUACACACCGCUAUUUUUGUGACUUUUAACAAAGUAUGCACAUCCCAGUACUUUGUCUGGUACCUCUGCCUUUUGCCCCUCAUAAUGCCCAGUGUUAAGAUGCCCUGGCGUCGUGCUGUGGUGCUUCUCUUUCUGUGGCUUGUUGGACAGGGCCUGUGGCUCGCUCCUGCGUACUUUCUGGAGUUCAAAGGAUAUAACACCUUUUUGCUUAUAUGGUUGGCAGGCUUGCUUUUCCUUUUUAUUAAUAGCCUCAUAAUUGUUCAGAUAAUUGCACAUUACCAAAAAGAAGCACAAGCUGCAAAAAACCUCAAACAACACUAAAGGCCAAAAUCCAAAAGCAGCCCUACUGUUCUUGAUUAGGCUUGUCCUGUCACCAGGACUUUGUUUCGUGUUAAAUGCAUGUACAUUGUACUACAGCGUGUUUUAUGUAAAUGGUACUGUUUCAGGGCCAUGAGGGCACUGAUCGGUCUUAAUUGCCCUGAGCAGUCCCACUCCUGCCCUGAUCAGCGUCUGUGUCUGUGGGUGUACCUGUCUCCCAUGUGGACCUCAGAACCGCAUCCUAACUGCCUCUCCAGAACUGUCUCCAGCCCUGUCUCCUGCUGCCCCUGGCUGGACUCCCUGGAAGGACCCCAGACCAGUUCAUGACUUCCCAUGUCUGGGGCUGUGGCUGAACUCUUACCAGCGCCUGUCUUCAGACACAGUGUGACUGCACCCUGCUCAGUGAGGGUAUGGCCUGUGCUGGGGUCACCCUCGGCUCCUGCUCGUACCCCGUCAUGGAGCAGCCCCAGUCUUACUCCCUGGCACCCUUUUAGUGAGGAUGUAGUCUCUGUCUAGAAAAACACGUAAAUGGAUGUUGCGGUUUGACAGUCUUGUACAUUCCAUCAAGUCGGUGGUGGGGUUUGUAAGGGCUAAGCUAAUGAACGAAUGUAAGACAACAGUUAUUGUGGGCGUUAACAGUACAAAUGCAAAGAGUCAAAUGUACAACUCUACUUGUGUCCCAAAAGCACUAGUGUUUAUACCAAAAGUAACUGGAAAUGUAGUCUCUCGGUAUUUCAAUAUCUCUACUAUUAAAAAUAAAUUAAAAAGAAAGUGAAAAGAGUUGAGGAAGUGGAGCAAUUGCCAGAAGCAAAGGGAAGUUUUAAAAUAGGAAGCUCUACAACCUGUCAAAAUGAGGUAUUUAUUCCCAGAUGAGACACGAGAAGAUGUGGAACUGGGUGUCCGUGGAAUUGAAUGAGAGGUGUUCAGAGCCGUUUCGGAGUCAGUACUCUCAAGAUCAUCCUGCAAGAGGUCUGGUGUACACAGCCCUUGUCUGAGGUGGAAGCUGGCGAUGUGUUUUUAAUAAAAUCUUGCAUGUGCCAAGAUUAAGAAUUUUCACAUUUGCCUCAGCUUUUAGUUACAUCCUACAGAAAAUGAAACCCUUACUGUAUAACAUGGAGCAGAGCUUGAAGGCAAAAUAAUUUCAGCCACUCCAUGGGAUUCCCAGUGUUGUCAGCAGGAAAGGAUGUGGCCAGGCGGGCUCCCUUCCAGGUUUACGCAUGUCGUGCUGCCUCUCUGAAUCCUGCGAUCUCCUGAGGCAGCCCUCCUCCCCAGGACUGCGGGGGCUCCCGGCUUUCUUACGUACAGGGUUUUCUUUCCUGGUUGUAGUUCCACCUCAUGAGGCUGAAUUGCAGUGUUUUGGCUGUGAAUUUUUCCCAUUGCUUCUCAGGCCCGUUGAGGCAGUCAUGUGAAAAGAGAGGAACCCCCUGCGCCCCAACAGCCCAGAGCCAAAGGGUGUGCUACCCGGAGGAGUGACAAUGUCCUUACACCACUCUGGCCCAAUUCAGCUGAUCUGGUGUGUUAGGAGGAAGGCUGAUUUCCCUGCUCAGAGCAGUGCCAGGUGGUUCUGCUCCCUGCAAAAGGCAUCCUGGUUUCCCCAACCGGUCUGCGCUCACGCUCGCCUUCACAUUGUGAAGAUCCUGCCAGCCUCUCUGUAAAUCCAGAAUUUGGAUGAGGCAAGGAAUAUUCUUUUGACAAACUGGCUUGGUUUUUCAGGCAGGUCUUAUGGGUAUGGCACUGAUUUCCUUCCCCUGGCCUUGCCUGGGAUGAAGGAAGACUUCUAGCAUCAGCUUGUCCAUGUCUUCCGCAAGAGGUUUAUCAGUCAAAAGACUGGUGGCGCAAGGUGCUUUCACACACUGUUUAGUUUUAUGUAAAUCUCCAAAAGAUUUUCUAUGUGCUGUGAGUGUGUGAAGAGAAAGUGUCCCACAUGUGGUUUUAUUUUCUGAGGUGGAGUUUGACAUGCCCAGUUAGUGUUUCACCAGAAGACCGAAGAAGCUCUUCUGUGCGAGUAACUCUUCACCCCAUCCCAACAUGCAGGCAAUAGCUUGUUUUCCCUUGCAGCUGAUCUGUUACCAGUUACAGAUGUUUCUGUUGCAGAUAGCAUGGUUUCUUCCACUAAAGCGACGUUUCGUAUCUCUUCAACAGACCUAAUUAUGCUCUUUUCAGACCUUUCCACUCCCUUAUGUUUCCCCUCCUGUUGGCAGAGAAAGGAAAUGAAAGCCAAAAGGCAUUUCCAGCUUCAAUAACCUUUCAAAAUAAAAAGACAUUUUGAGUUGCUGUGUUCA